AUCCUCGUAAUUCGUCUGUCCUUCAUAAUGGUUUACCAGCAGCAGGAACUGGUGUACGCGCUGUUUGUCAUGAGUCAGCAAGUGCCUCUCUUGCUGGUGAGACAAGUCAAGAGACAAGGCAAUUAAUGGAACAAAUUGGACAUCUCACAGAAAGAAAUUCACAAUUGCAGAGUCGACUAGAUGAUAGCGAACGAAAACUGUACUGUACUGUCUGGAAACGUACAGUACAGUUUAUUGUUGUUUAGGAGCAGAACAGAUGAAGCCAGAGCUUUGUGUGAGGAGAAAGACAAACAGAUUGAAGAAUUGAUUGAUGAAAGGCAAAGUCUGCAACAUGAAGUGGAGAGACUGAAGGAGGAGACGAGCAAUCAGCAGACACAGUUGUAUUACAAACAGAAAGCUAUUGAUAGUUUACAUAGUGAAAGAGAAGCAAGACAGAGAGAAAUGAAUAGAAUGAGAGAAGAGAAGGGAGAGCUAGAACGAAGGGUAGAAGAGAUGGAUUUAUUGCUGAAAAAUGCAGAGGCAGCAAGUGAAGAUGCAGAGAGAAGAGUAAGGGAGAACGAGGAGGUGCUGAACAUUGCAGCAGAAGACAUACAACUGAGUGAUAAGGAAAUAGGCAGUGGAGCAUUUGGAUCUCAAGCAUUGAAAUCUCCACCAGAUGGAAGAGCAUACCAUGAGAGUGUUGUAAUAGGAGAGAAAAUGUUUGUUUGGGGAGGAGAGACUAAGUCACGUGGUGUCUUUCACUCUCGAGUUAACUUGUUUAGUGUGAACAUGAUAUCUGGGGUGUGGGAUGCUCACACUGCUGAUGCUAAAGACACACCAACACCUUGUCAGGAAGCAUGCAGUGCUGUAGUUGGCAAUACCAUCUAUUCAUAUGGAGGAUUGAUUAGUGUAUCACCAUAUAGAACAUUAGAUGAAUUAUACAAAUUGAACAUUGAGGAGAUGAAGUGGAGAAGAGUGGAAAUAGAAGGAACAAAACCUGCAGGAAGAAGUACAGCAGCAAUGUGUUGUGUGAAUGGCAAACUUAUAAUGAUGGGUGGACAUGGUCCAAUGACAUCAGACAGACGACAUUCACAAGCUGAAUACAAGGAGGAUAGAUCCAUGAGAGGUUAUGGUUGGAACAAUGAAUUAUGGUCAUUUGAUGGUGAGACAGAUUGUUGGUCUCCAGUGUGUGUGACUGGUUCUGAACCAUCUCCACGUGCCCUUCACACACUGACAGCUGUGGAUGAGAAAAGAGUCAUCUUGUUUGGCGGCGUGGAUGAUCAGAAAUAUUUGAAUGAUUUGUGGUUAUUCGAUAUGCAGAAAAAGAUGUGGACUCACAUCACACCAUCUUCUCUAUUGUGGCCACAACCAAGAAGUAACCACACUAUGUGUACAAUAUGCUGUAAAGAUGAAGAGAUUAAGGUGUUACUGAUGGGAGGAUAUGAUGGAAGUGUUAUGAAAGACUGUUGGAUGAUAGAUGUGAUGAGAGGCAGCAGUGAGAAGCUUAUGAUUGAUGGUGAUGUGUUUGCUCGCUGUGCUCAUUCUGUUGGUUGUGUUACACUAUCAGAUGACACGGUAGCCAUCAGUGUAUUUGGUGGUUAUUCCUCAUCUUAUUCUGUUAUCUCCAGUCCAUGUUUCUACCAGUGGAAUCCUCGUCAUUCGUCUGUCCUUCAUAAUGGUUUACCAGCAGCGGGAAGUGGUGUACGUGCUGUUUCUCAUGAGUCAGCAAGUGCCUCUCUUGCUGGUGAGACAAGUCAAGAGACAAGGCAAUUAAUGGAACAAAUUGGACAUCUCACAGAAAGAAAUUCACAAUUGCAGAGUCGACUAGAUGAAAGCGAACGAUUAAAGGAUGAGUGUAAUGUGCAGCUGAGUGUGGAAAGGAGCAGAAGAGAUGAAGCCAGAGCUUUGUGUGAGGAGAAAGACAAAGAAUUACGCAGUGAAAGAGAAGAGAGACAGAGAGAAAUGAAUAGAAUGAGAGAAGAGAAGAGAGAGCUGGAACGAAGGGUAGAAGAGAUGGAUUUAUUGCUGAAAAAUGCAGAGGCAGCAAGUGAAGAUGCAGAGAGAAGAGUAAGGGAGAACGAGGAGGUGCUGAACAUUGCAGCAGAAGACAUACAACUGAGUGAUAAGGAAAUAGGCAGUGGAGCAUUUGGAUCUGUUCGUGUUGGCUACUGGCGUGGCUGCCCAGUGGCUGUCAAACUGUUACACAAGGAACUGGCAAGAGAUCAUUACCAGAGACGUCUGUUUGAACAGGAAGUGUGUGUUUCUUCCAGAUUACACCAUCCCAAUAUUGCUGCCGUGUGUGGUGUCACUCGUCAACUGGAUGCUCCAUUCUGUCUGAUCAUGGAACUAUUACAGGCUUCAUUGUCAGACGUCAUUGAAGCAGCACACGUGAGUGGCAUCUACUUGACAUUGAGAGAACAGACAGAUCUUGCUCAUGAUUGUUUGAGUGGCCUCACAUAUUUGCACAAUUUGCCUCGUCCUAUUCUGCAUGGCGAUAUUCGUCCUACAAACAUCCUCAUCACAUCAGUGAUGAGAGCAAAGAUAGGAGACUUGGGUGCUGCACGUUUUACUGAUGGCUCGCUGUCAGUGGGUCCUAUGAGUACACUGUAUGUUGCACCAGAAAGAUUGGCCAAUAACGCUUUACCCAAUAACCAAAGAGCAGACGUGUACAGUAUGGGAGUAAGUCUGGGAGAAUUGUUUACUGGAUAUCAAGGGAAUCGUGAAGACAGAACAAGACAACUGCGAUCUGUGCGUCAGUGGGAUCUGCGUGUUGUGUGUUGUCAGAUGGCUCAUGAGGAUGGCAGCACUAGAAUGAAGGCAAGCGAGGCUCUCAAUGUUAACGACAGAGUUGUGAGGAGUGAGGAGUACACGAGAUGUGGUCCACGACGUAUGGUGAAGGGAGUGACGGAUGGAGUAAAGAAGGUGACACUGUGUGAGAAACCAUGGUGAACAGAACAGACAGAACAUUGAUAUCAAUGAGUUGUAUUGUUGUCGCACGAGUCUGUUGUAGUAUUAGAUGUUGUCGAUGUGUAGCUAUCGAGUUGACUGUUUGUUAGUUGUCUUGCUGCAUGACUGUAGUGUGAUGGACUAUUGAUGUGUUGUGAUCAGAUGAACAAGCAAAUGUAUUGUUUAUGUGUAU